AUGAGCAGUAACAGUGUGAGUAUUGAGGAACCCCGCGGUCAGCACCGCCGCACCUUCAGCUUCCACUACACCUUCUGGUCUCACAGCGGCUUCACGAAGGACUCUGACGGACUGUUAGUGCCCGAGGAAGAGGGUGGACGCUACGCUGACCAGGCUUGUGUGUUUGCUGAACUGGGGCAGGGGAUUCUGAAUAACGCUCUGCAGGGCUAUAAUGCCACCCUGCUGGCGUACGGUCAGACCGGGUCAGGGAAAAGUUACUCCAUGAUGGGCUUCGGAGCCAACAAGGGCCUCGUCCCAAAUCUCUGUCACUCAGUCUUCACCUACAUCACAGCCAAUCAGGACAGAUGCCAGUGCCAGGUUUCUUUCAGCAUGUUAGAAAUAUAUAAUGAACAGGUGAUUGACUUGUUGUCCAGGUCAAGUCGUUCGUCCAGUGGUCUGCGUGUGCGUGAGGAUCAGCAGCGUGGUUUUUACGUGGAGGGGCUGCGCAGGGUGGCAUGUGAGAGCGCAGUGCAGGUGGAGCAGCUGAUGGAGCAGGGAACCCGCACACGCACCACCGCUGCCACACACCUGAACCCCAACAGCAGCCGCUCACACAUGCUCAUCAUCAUACAGCUCAAACAGAUUUUCUCAAAGGAGUGCAUCACUAAACAGUCCAACAUUAACCUGGUUGACCUGGCAGGAAGUGAAAGGCAAAGGUCUUCAGGGUCAGAGGUGGAUCGUCUUAAAGAGGGAACAGCCAUUAAUCUGAGUCUCACCACUCUGGGGAACGUGAUCAGUGCCCUCGCAGAAGUGGCCUUGGGGAAGAGAGUGGUGUAUAUUCCCUACAGAGACUCUGUUCUCACCAAACUCCUGCAGUCUGCGCUGGGAGGAAACAGCCGCACCGUCAUGAUCGCGACUCUCAGUCCAGCUGAUAUCUGCUACGAGGAGUCACUGUCCACACUACGCUACGCCGAGAGAGCCAAACGGAUCCAAAACAAGGCCGUGGUGAACGAGGGCCCGACGGAGAGACUGGUUAAAGAACUGAAAGCUGAAAAUGCUAAACUGUUGCUGAAGCUCAGUAAACUGGACCAGAAUGGGAGACGGUCUGACCAGGAGAUGAAAGAUCUGCGGCGUUUGCUGACUCACAAUGAGCUGCAGAUCCGAGCAAUUCAGACUCUGUGGGAGCAACACCUUCAGGAAUCGCUGAAAGACUGGGAGAGCCAGUACACUGCCAUUACACAGGAGCGAAGGAUGAUGCAGAUGUUUCCCUACAUGCUGAACAUUAAUGAAGACGCACAGCUCUCUGGAGUCAUCAAGCUCUUUAUUCAGGAGGGAGAGUGGGUCGUGGGUUCAGUAGACGCUUCUUCACCGAGAGCCAUCUCCAUCAGAGGACUGGGUAUUCAGGAGCAACAUGCAGUCUUCUCUAAUCAGCAGCGUCGAGUGACAAUCACUCCAGUGUCAGGGUCAAAGGUCAUAGUUAAUGGUAUAUCCAUAUCUCAGACAACAGAGCUCCAGCAUCUGAACCGCGUGAUCCUGGGCUCCAACAGCACCUUCCUGUAUGUGGGUUUUCCCUCGGAGCGGCUCGGAGACGAUUGGAGUCGUUAUGAUUAUGAUUAUUUCCAGUCUGAACUGGCGGCAGCAGAGGGAGUUCACCUGCACACACUGUGUCACACACCUGGACAGAGGUCCCUUCAGCCCAACCCCAGUCUCCUAGCCGCCUUUUACAACUACAUCAGACUGAUGCCGAUGGUGACGGAGGCCAACCAGAUGAGUCAGGAACUGAACAAGGGGGUGGAGUUUAAGUUGGAGAUUAAGAACCUGGCCAUGUCUGACUCUAAAGGUCACGACCUGGAGAAGGAGAUUGUGGUCAGAGUGACGAACGUGCAAAGCAAACAGGUGUGGUUGUGGUCCAAAGGGAAGUUUAUUAACCGUAAGUUCCUGAUGGAGGAGGUGUACCAGCAGGGGGCGUCACUGCCCCAGGAUAAAGACCCCUUCUGGGACCCAGUGGAGCCUCUACACCUGGGCAGUGCUCACCUGUGGCUUCACUCGCUGGCAUUCCGCAUUGCCAUGGAUGAACAGGUGGAGGUGGUGGGACCAGAGGGCACUGAGGAGGCCAUGCUACAUGCACGCUUAGUACCCUGCAGCCCCGAGGGAUUGCCCCUGGGAGAGCAUGAUAUCCUGAUUGAUCCCACAGAGCUGCUUGGAAAGCGACUGGAUUUCCAGCUGAUCCUGGAUCAGUGCUGUGGGCUGCGCUGGGUCAAAGAGGUUCGAACCCGUGGAAUCCAGAUUGGGUUCCAGAUGUUUGACUGCAGUGAGCCACUCUACACUCAGGCGGUGUGGCAGUGUGUGAACACACAGCUGGAUUACAGUGUUCACUUCACAGCCCUGAACACGUCACACACUCUGCUCACCUACCUGCAGAGUAACGCUGUGGUACUGCAGCUGUGGGGUCUACAGGAGGGAUGCUCUGACAUGAUGUCAGGUCUGCAUGAUGUGAGGAAAACUCCAGAAAACAUCAUCCUCAUCGACACAGCUGACAUGGAGCACACAAGUGUGGAUAGCUCGGUGUCAGAUCAGUGUGUGUGUCUGCGAGUUCUUCAGGAGGAUCUAGAAGAACUGAAGAACACCAAUGCAGCACUGAGGAGAGAGAACCACACACUGAGAGAACAGCUCAAUACUCGAAACGGUAUGGCGUGUCCUCAAGAGCGCAGAGGAAGUCUGAAGUCCAGCUGUGACGCCGAAUUCGCUCGAGCUCUGAAAGUGUUUUAUCACAGCAUGACCGCAGUUAGAGCUCAGCUGCAGCGACUGUGCAGACACAGACCCAGUGUACUGGACCUUCAGUAUCUUUAAAAACCUUCUCUAAACAUGUCAAGAUUGAGAAUAAACUGCCCGCACUCUCUGUCCGAGGGCUCCGAGUUUCCCUCGUGUCCAACGGUUCAGUUCUAAAUAUACAUCACAUUUUAUCUGCUUCUAGUCACCUUUACUGCUGCAGAACUUAAUUUGCCCUUAAUGUGUGUGUGUGUGUGUGUGUGUGUGUGUGUGUGUGUGUCAGGAGGAGGCCGACCUGCAGGAUCUGAGAUUCUUUGUGGAUGAACACACACACAUGCUGAGAGAGUUCAGUGAGCAGUUGGAGAAGUGUGUGUGCACACUGAAGCAGGACGUGGCAGCCAUAGUGCGCAGGAAGAGAGAGAAAUC